AUGUACAAGUACCUUGCAACAUGGGAAGGGGCUGUUGGCUCCGGAGUCCGGAGGAGAAUGGGAGGUCCCCACUCCGGUGGGUCUCCAGGCCUCGAGAGCUUCAUUGUGUCCCAAUCGAUUCGGAACCGCAGCAGCGCAGUUGCCUCCAAGCUGAGGUAUCGCCCUGUUGGUGUGAUUGCUGCUGCUGCUGCUGCUGCUGCUGCUCCUGCCGCUGCUGCAUGGGUGGGCGGGGUCUCGACCAGACCAGCCCUUUUGUGUCUUGGAGAUGUGCGACGCCAGGCUGCAGAAGAGGUCGAGGGCGUCGCUGGCCCCCGAAUCACCUUCCUCAUGGGUCGGGAGGGGGGAAAAAGAAAAGCAAUGAUGGGCACUCAGACUUCAAAUCACUCAACUUCACUCGGUCCCAUGUCCCAUGAUGAGAUGAUGACCGCCCGUCACACAGGAAUACCUCAGGCGUUCGCGCCAGCAUGA